GCAACGACCAACAUAGGAUUCCCCGCGAAUGGUUUCUGCUCGAAAGGAUGAUAAAUCCGAUGCGGGUGAGGCAAUGCUGGACCGCAUCUUAGAGGACCUGCGCCUUCGUGUCUUCCAGGACUCGAAGGGAGCUCCGACGGAUGGGGAUCCUCGCUCCCAGACCAUCUUCGAGCGCAUGGCCGAGAAGCUCCUGGAGGGGCCAAGCAGAGCUGAGAUUGCAGAAGCGAAAGCAGGCCAAAGGCUGCCUAGCACGUGGACAAGGCAAUGGAAAGCAUACGUCGCCAAGUGCCUGGCGAGCAUUGACAGGCGAUCAGAAUUAAGGGACGGGAACAACCAGCCGCGCGUCACCAGAGUGUACAACAAGAUUCAUGCGCUGCAGCAUGUGGAGCUUGCUGACUGGCAAGGCCGACCCAGAGCUCGCAUUGUGUUCAAUGGCGCCGACGUGGUCGAAGUGCUGCUGACAGACCUACGGGGCAAG